AAACUGACAGCAAUAAUAGUGUAGGUAGAUUGUGAGGAUCUUCUGCUUCAUAAACAUCAAUUCUGUAAUCCACGAGUCUUUACCAUUCAGCUAUAACUAUUUAUUGUUAAUGUUACUCAAGCAAAACACUGGUUAGAAAACAGGUAUACACAGUGUGCCAUGUUUGUGUGGAGUUCUAGCCACAAGUAGUUUUGUCAAUGAAGACGAUUUAAUAGCACCUUGUUACCCCUCGGCAGACUAGACUUAUUCUUCAGAUGGUCACUCAUUCCGACAGUGGACAGACCAUGAAUCGAAUUAAAUUUAGGAACUUUUUAUUGCUCAAUUUUAAUUAAGUUUUGCAACUUUAUUUAUCUGUGCAAAAAAGAAAAAAAAAGUUUUGCUGGACUUUUUCAGUGAGUAAUUUGCACUUUUAUCGAACUAACUUUUCCUUCAAAAUGCAGAUUUUUUGACAUGGCGAACUUGAUGAGAAGAAUUCCAGUGUUUUUAUCCUGCAGUGUGAUAUAAUUAGGAAGUGAUUGUAUAAUUAAUGAUACAGUGAAAAGUACCGGAGACUACUGCAAUAAUUAGAAUGUGUUGGAUGACUCUUUUUCCAGCUGGGCUUAUCCAUUCCAUCCAAAUGGUGGUGCUUUACUUCAUUUUUGUGACAUCAUCAGAAUUCCAGAGGGAUGACACUGCAGGCUUUGAAAUUGUACAUCCUGUUCUCUCAGACAUCUCAGGUAACACUGUAUCACAUGCUCAAUUACAUGGCAACCGAUUCAAAAGAGACUCUGCAAGGACAGACACAUUAUACCUUAACAUCACCGGUCAAGGCCAAGCAUUUGAAAUUCAUCUUAACGAAAAUCGCAACCUUUUAGCCCCAGGCUUCAAAGUUUAUCAUCGGAAAAGAAGCAAAGAUUCUGCAGAAGUGGUGGAGACUGUAGAAUCUUCAUCUGGCGGUCCUUACCAUCAGAGCACCACCUGCCACUACUCGGGGAGAGAGAGGUCUCGGGGAGGGAGAGCGGCUCUAUCCUUGUGUGACGGACUGAGUGGUAUUAUCAGAAUAGCAGAGGAGGACUACAUUAUAGAGCCCUACAAACAACACAGAGUUAGACCAUCAUUUGACCCCCUUUCAGGGCCCCACAAACUUUACAGGAGAUCCACCCUCAACACCAAGCAGACCCAAUUCUGUGGCAAAGCAAAGAGACGAAGAGACAAGAGAAGCACAUCACUCGUAGACACUGACAAUGACUUCAAAGUGUCAGAGAAAACUCUCACUCAGACUGAGACGAAGGAAUCUUCCAAAGAAGAGGUGGAGGAAGAGGAGCCCUUAUGGAAGAAGUACCAGAGAGCGAUCACAGAACACGAGGAGUGGACCGUGGAAACUCUAGUGGUGGUGGACAAAAUCAUGUACUACAAGCAUGGCAAAGACAACAUCACCACAUUCACCCUUACUCUCUUCAAUAUGGUGUCAGAACUGUUCACUGAUCCCAGUCUCGGAGAUAACUUGAAUAUUGUUCUAGUUGGGCUCAUUGUAUUAGAAGGAGAUGAGCCGGGUCUGUCCAUCGGAUACCACGCAGACAACACUCUGAACAGCUUCUGUUCCUGGCAGUCGGUGCUGGUGGGGGCCAAUGGACGACAGCAUGACCACGCCAUUCUGCUGACUGGCCUUGAUCUCUGCUCCUACAAGAACGCCCCCUGUGAUACACUGGGUUUUGCUCCCAUUGAGGGUAUGUGCAACAGAAUCCGCAGCUGUACCAUCAAUGAAGACACGGGACUAUCAACUGCAUUCACCAUAGCUCACGAAAUGGGUCACAACUUUGGAAUGUUUCAUGAUGGAGAGGGAAACCAUUGUACUAAGACAACAGGUACCCUGAUGUCCCCUACCCUAGUCAGCAAAGAGGGGCAGUUUCACUGGUCUCUGUGCAGUAAAACCUACCUGAUGAAAUUCAUGAAUACCCCGCAAGCCCAAUGCCUGGCUGACCGACCCACAAAAGUAGCAGAACUUCAGUUCCCCAACAAGUUGCCAGGUGAACUCUAUGAUGCAGACAUCCAGUGUAAAUGGCAGUUUGGACGGCAUGCUCAACUCUGUACUUAUGACUUUGGUAAAGAUAUUUGUAAGUCCUUGUGGUGCUUCAGAGGAAAGAAGAGAUGUGAAACCAAGUUUUUACCAGCAGCAGAAGGAACCUCUUGUGGCUAUGGAAAGUGGUGUAGAAGCGGAGAGUGUGUGGAGUUUGGACAGAAUGGACCGUCCCCGAUCGAUGGCAGCUGGUCCACGUGGACACACUGGACAGACUGCAGUCGUACCUGUGGGGGCGGGGUCACUACCAGGGAGAGGCAGUGCAAUAAACCACUACCACAAUAUGGCGGCAGUGCCUGUGAGGGGGAAGCAAAGGUCCGAAAGAUGUGCAACUUUGAGCCAUGUACUGAAGGAGAACAAGACUUUCACAAGAAGCAGUGUCACUCAUACAACGAAAAACCAUUCCGAGGCUGGCUGCUUGACUGGAGGCCUAAUGAUAAGCUUUAUAAAGCACAAGAACCCUGCAUAUUGUAUUGCAUGGCAGAGACCAGUAGCUAUGUAUUCACUAUAAAACACACAGCAACUGAUGGGAUGAAGUGUCGGGGAGACAAAGAUAUCUGUGUGGAGGGAACUUGUCAGCCAAUAGGAUGUGAUAUGAUGGUUGGCUCAACAGCAGAAAACGAUCAGUGUGGAGUGUGCAAGGGAGAUAACUCGACCUGUCGAAUAAUUCAGGGAGAAUAUACUGAACAACCAAACCAUGACACUUAUUUUCCUGUUGCUGUGAUUCCUAAAACAGCCACAUCAAUAAAAAUCUCUGAGAAAAACUUAUCCUCAAACUAUCUGGCCAUCAGAGACAUCUAUGGAAAUUACUAUCUCAAUGGUCAACAGCAAGUGGCCUGGCCCGGGGAGUACAUGCUAGGUGGCGCCCAGUUUACAUAUACAAGGCCCUAUAAUGAGCCAGAAACGUUGGAAAGCAUGGGACCAUUGAAAGAGGACAUUGUCUUGGAGAUCCUUGUCCAGGACAAGAAUCCUGGCAUCCAGUAUAAGUACGCCAUUCCUCACCUGGUCUCUCCAUUCAGGAGCUUCACUCCUCCAGACAACUACACCUGGAGUCUGUCGGAGUCCGCCUGCACAGAACCUUGUGCUGGAGGUACCAUGAAUGUAACCGUCAGAUGUUUGAAGAAUCUUAAAGAGGAAGUGAAUGAAACCCACUGUGAUCUCUCGAAAAAGCCACAAACUGGAAAGCUUCCCUGCAAUGAGGAUGCUUGUCCUCCAAGAUGGGUCCCAGCAGAGUGGAACUCCUGUUCCAAGACUUGUGGCAGAGGAAAGCAGAGAAGAAAGAUCUUAUGUCGCCAAAGAAUCUCCAAGACUCUCGACAAAAAAAUCAAGAAGUCUAACUGCAAGAGUUUGCCAAAGCCCGCCCGUACGAGACGUUGCAACUUGAAAGAAUGUCCACCUGUUUGGAGAGCUGGAAAAUGGAACAAGUGCUCUGUUAGUUGUGGAACUGGCACACAGGCAAGGAAAGUCUUCUGUAAAAGCAAAGGAAAGAAAGGCAAGAAGCACCCAGAUGAAAUGUGCAGUGGGCCCAAACCCUCCAUUGUCCGCCCCUGCAAACGAUCCCUGUGUCCUCAAGACUCCAACUUUGAGUGGCAUCUUUCUCCAUGGGGACCAUGCUCCCAUUCUUGUGGACCAGGUGUCAGACAGAGGUAUCUGGUGUGUAAGAGAGUUGAUUAUCGGGGAAACACCAUCGCCACGCGAGAUAAAUACUGCGAGAAGUCGGCACGGCCAAAAGUCUCCACAGAGGAGUCCUGUAAACUGAUGGUCUGUCCACACAAAGUGAUUGACAGGCCAAAGUGGAAGGUCUCACCCUGGUCACAGUGCUCAGCAUCCUGUGGUGAAGGUCAGAAGAGUCGAGACAUAACGUGUGUGGACGAGACGGGUCAGAGGACACUAGGAUGUGACCUUGAGAACCGGCCAGCUACCUCCCAGCUCUGUGAUAACGGUGCUUGUCCCACUAAUAGUAGUGCUACAGACUGCUUCGACCGAUACACCUGGUGCCAUCUUGUUCCACAGCACAAAGUCUGCGACCAUGAGUUCUACGGCACUCAUUGUUGUCUAUCUUGCAAAGGACACCGGUGAUGCUUGAUCUGAUGUUCAACAACAACCAUACAAUUUUUACUGUGAUAAGAAAACCUUUAUGUGUUCCUCUUCCCCUACACAGUCACUUGGAGGUUCAAUGGAGAAGGCCAGUGGAAAUAUGUCCCAAGUCUUCUGUCCUCCACAACCCGACAAGCUGUCCGCGACACUGCUGGUUUUGUGGUUCGCUUUCUGCUGAUCCAGGUCAUACACAAUGUCCCCAACACAAUUUUUGACAUUAUUUUCAAGGAAAGCAAUGAAUGCAAGUUUCUGAUACUGCAGGCGAUGUGUUACCGCAAUAGGAAGCUGAAGCAUGAAUAGUGAGAGGGAAAUAAUUAAGUUACUUUAACAAGGAACUCCAUAUGAACCCUAUCUUGAUAUUUGUUUGUUUACAACAAGCCAAGUUAUUCCUGGGUGUGAUGUUAUCAUUCCAUAAAUGUAGUCUCUGUGCAAAUUUAACAUUAUACGCAAAGACCUCUCCUUCCAGUUGUUUGACAGUCAUUCCAUUCACUAUUUACAAGGUCUUCAAUUAUAUCCAGAUAUAUAGAGUAUAUUUUAGUUAACAAAUUGUUGAUAUUUAUUGAUGUGUUUGUGUCAGUUUGCCAAUACCUCCUAAUAUAUUCCCUAUUCCAUUACAUCAUUCCAAAAACCCAGGACUCAGUUCGUCAUUCCAGACAUUUUCAGUCAUAAUUAUUUAUUUGAAAUACUGAUUACAUAUCACAAAAUUUUUUAUUUCUCAUAUUACUGCACUUUAAUUUGUAUCAAUCUCAAAGUUUGUUUACUCACAGUCAUCGAAUA